CUGGACCGCAUGUGUGGCUAUGCCAUCUGUGAACCCUAAUACAACUGCAGCGGCAGCCUGUCUGCCCUGGCACGCGUGUCGUACUGCACGAAACGCCCGUACCUUGUUCAGUUCCUCUGCUAUACCUUCGCCAUUGUCGCCCCAUGGACCUCGUCCGGAAGAUCAACAGGAACCAUGGUCUCGGCGACCGGGACAUAAAACGAUCUGGGAAUGACCCAAUUGUAGUCCUGAGAGGAAAGUUGGAAAGGGCAUGUGAGAGGCUGUCGCGAGACCUGUACAACACGAAGACGCACUUCCUCCUUGAGUUCAUUCAGAAUGCCGAUGACAAUGAGUAUGAAACACACGUCAUUCCCAGUCUACAGCUGCACCUCCAUGCCUGCGACAUGAUCAUUCGGUGCAACGAGAAGGGGUUUCGAGCGGACAACGUGGAAGCAAUCUGCGACAUAGGUAACAGUACCAAGAGGAGAGAGACGAGGUCGGAAGGCUACAUAGGGGAGAAGGGCAUAGGUUUCAAGGCCGUCUUUGUCGUUGCGGAACGAGUUCACGUCGCAUCCCGAGAGUUCACCUUUCGGUUCGAUCGCGAUGGACCACUAGGCAUGAUCAACCCAAUAUGGGACGCGUCAUAUCCCAGCGACCCUGAAUGGACGACAUUCCGCCUUAAUAUUCCCCACGACAUGAACAUGGACGACUUACGCGACCAGAUUCUGACUAUCCAACCAUCCCUGCUUCUGUUCUUGCGUAGACUCCGUGCGAUUGACAUUGACGUGUCCACAAGCGAGCUACCGGCCGUUGACAGUACUAAGAUCACCAUUUCCAGGCAUGACGAAUCAGCCAAUAUCGUCAGACUCGAGUGCCACGAAAAUGGGCGUUGCAAGUCCAGUUCCAAGUACAUCGUGUUCAAACAAAUCAUACGGACCUUCACGGGAGAGGAGAAGCGUUACGGUAUAGAGGAGAGUGAAGUUAUCCUCGCAUUUCCCGUCACGGCGGACGGGGAGCCCGAUACUGGCAAUCAAUUCGUACACGCAUUCUUACCUGUCGCCAAGUAUGGCCUAGACUUCGUCGUUCAAGCAGACUUCCUUACACCAUCCAAUCGAGAGGGCAUCGUCAUGGAUUCCAAGUGGAACCUGGCGCUGCUCGAGGGCAUUGUCGAUGUUUUCUUACAUGCCGUCGAGCAGUUUCAACAUGACCCUGUUCUGCGGGACUCUUGGGUGCGCUUCAUCCCCAUUCAUGCGCAACCUCCGUUCUCCGCGGUGGCCGACAAGAUCGUAACGAGGUUGCAGGCCCGAGAGGUGCUGCUUUCCGUGGACGGCCGCUACCGACGGCCAACGGACAUCGUCACCGUCCCCAAGGGCUUCCGCAUCAGCCGCACCGAGCCGCUCAUUCCUCAACAGUACAUCCCCUCGGUCUACUACAUCAGCCACUCGUACGACGCUUCCCGCGACCGAGAAUAUCUGGCCAAGCUCGGGGUCAAGCCACUGUCUGACCAAAACUUCUUCGACGGUCUCGUGGCGAUGGAUCGCGCGAACGUCAUAGGCGUUCAAAGCGAGCAGUGGCACAAUCCUGUUUGCGCUCACUUGAGCAGCACGCUGCUGACCAAGGGAAAGCUCGACCUCCGCCUGAUUCCUCUCAAUGACGGGUCUUGGCGUCCGGCACGAGAGGCUGGGCAGUACGUAUUCAUGUCCAAACUGGACAUCUUGCAGGACGUGGAGUUCAAGUGCAUCUCGAACGAUGUGAAGGAGAAUACCGCGAGAUACACUUUCCUGCAGACGCUAGGCGUGCGCCGCGCUGAUAUAAAUCUUAUCGCGACCAAAAUCCUCAUGGAGGUUAAGUCGUCUACAUCCCUACCGACGCUGAUACACUACGCGCGGUUCUUCUACGACAAUCGCAAUGAGGCCGGGUUGCCUCGCCCUUCUGCUCGCUUCAAGGUGAUGGACGAAAAUGGCCGCAUUGCGAUGAGUGAUGAGCUCUACUUGGAGCUGCCCAAGGGUACGCCCGGUCACGACGUCAGGCUUCGCGACGUCCUGCCCUCUGACGCGCGGUUCCUGCACCGGGACUACGUCAGGCUGUAUGCCCAAGACCGUUACUGGCUGUCGUGGCUGCAGGACAGCCUUGGCCUUCAUACCUCGCCUCGAAUCAUCUUGGGACGAGUGUCGCCUGAAAUCUACUCCAUGGCACACAACCUCGAGACCUCUCGGUUCCUCGCUGCUCUCCGUGCCUUUUGGCCACAGAUCUCGACGGAUAUCACACCGUCCGGUCUUCAUGACCUAUCCAACAUCGAAGUUGUCUGCGAUGACGGGGUAGCAUAUUCUCUUGCGACCACGGCCUUGAAGCGGCGGAAUUUGUCGUGGUUGCCGGCUGCGCUAUCCUCCUGCCUACGCUUCCUGCCACUUUCCGAUCCCGAUGACUUGAGCUGGAGCUUCCUAGCUAAGGUCGGUGUCACCAUGGAGCCCAAUGCAACCGCGUGGAUCGGUAUGCUCUUCCGACUGCAAGAGAUCAACAGCACAGACGAGAACGCAGUCACCAGUGUAUACCAGCAACUUGACGCCAGGUUCAUCGAGGCUGCCGACUUUAUCCGUGCAUCCUUCUACCAGUAUCCGCUCAUACUCGCGCCGUCAGAUGGACAGAACCGUCCCGUGGCAUCUUGGGUUGGUUUCCACGACGCGUACUGGGACGGACCGUCCACGCUCCGCUCCAAGCUUAUCGUGAAGUCGAAAUAUGCGGCCCUAGAGGACUUUUUCUGCCGCAAACUGGGGCUGCAGAAUGCUCCGCUCGAAGUUCUCGUCGACGAACUGAAUACGUUCGCAUCUGCACACGAAGGACGCCCCAUGACAGAAGACACCGUCGGAGUAGUCGAACAGAUGCUAUUGGAGAUCAGCCAAUACAUUGCAUGGGCACCCGCAAAACAAUUUGCUCUCCUCUGUCUCGCCGACAGGCCUAUAUUUCCCGUGCAUGUCCAAGGAGAGAUCCGUCUGCAAAGGAUUGACCAAUUCUUCAUUUCCGAGAAGGGCGGCAAGAGCAUAGAGCGGUUCCGGGACUCAGUUCCCCUGCUAGCCUUUUCCAGUGCACAGACACUCAUCCAACUACGGCCAAUACUCGACAGCAACGUCUGGCCGAGUCACCCAAAAGUGCUUGAGGCAUCCCUCGUGGCGAAGGCCAUCACUCUAGGCGUGAAGACAGUUGAUCAAGACACGACAGACUUGUACCGUGGGAGAUCUGAAUACAUGGAAAAGUACGUGCAGCACAUCACGAAGUACUGCCCGUCGGCCAGGCAGAUGGAAUUCCUCGCAAAAAUGAAGAACGCGUCGAUCUGCAUCGUCGACACCGUCAUAAUCAUGUGGAUCCUCGCCGGGAACACGGUCAAUGUUCAGUCUGACGUAAAGGUCGCCAUCGAAGAGAGGGAGACGGACGCGGUCUUCUAUGUGUCGAAGGCAUGUUCGUCCAUGCCACGCACCCGCGAUCGCGAGAUCUGCAGCCUCCUCGGUGACCGAGUAGCGAUCGACAAGCUGGCCCUCCUGCAGUUCGUCUCCAUGCCGUGGGACGACUUGCUGCUUUACCUGGAGGAUGAAGGUGUUGAUACCAGCACAUGCAUCCCACAGACAACGCAGGAAUCAGUUUACGAGCAACAGCAGGCCGAUUCCGAGGAGACAGUACCAGAAUCGCGCCCUGAGCCAUCAGAACCUCAGUACUUGCCGAUCCAGACAAACACACCUCUCGACAGUCAACAGUGGCCUGUGCUCGAAGAUUCUGUGCAGACUAGUAGCGUUGAGACCCCAUUGUCUGAUCCCACUCAUGUCCAACCGUUUUCGCCCGGGCGGAAAAUGGGUAAUGCAGCAUGGCGAACACAGCCCUCAGCGUCGCGCUCACCACCGACGAUCAACAAUGCUCAUCGCAGGCGGUCGUCUAGUGUCGUUGAUCGCAACACGGUACAACAGCUAGCAAUGUCAUCGGCCACAGCAACCCUAUCCUCUGUUCCUGCUGUUCCUCCGCAGAAAGCGGACCUUGGCCAUGGAGGACACACGGAUGAAGGUGGCGCGUUCUGGCGAGAAACUGAGCGAGACCCUGCGAACGGUGUCCUUGGCGAGAUCUACGUAUUCAACAUGUUGCAGCGUGAACUAGGACCUAACUUUACUGAGGCCAACUGGACGAGCGAACUUCGAGGUCAAGUACCCGGCUUUAAUCCGUACGGCGGAACGUCGAUCGCCGAUUUUCGGUAUCUGGACAAGGAUGGCGUCCUGACAGGUCUGUGGUAUGGACAGCAGCGGAAGAGGGCAUGGAAAGGCCGCUGGCCUACCUAUCAUGUGGAGGUGAAGACGACGUCUGGUGUCGCUACAGAGCCUUUCCACGUGAGCCAUGCACAGCUGCAGGUGGCUCGCCAAUUCAGCAAUGCUGUGCGGGGCAAUUCGAAUCGUGGGGCACCUCAAGAUGUGUACGUGAUCCUUCGCGUGUCGGAGAUCAAGAGCUCUCAGCCGAAGCACGAAGUCUACAUCGAUCCGCACCAAUGGAUGUAUGAAGGUAGAUUGGUGAUCAAGUGCGACGUCGACCUCGCCCCCGAGACUCAGUGAUGAGCAGAUGGUGGACCGAUACUUCAUGUCCAGAUACCAAGCAGUAAGCAGAGACCACCUGAUCAUUGGUGCGCAUCUGUACUAGCAUCCACAUAGUCUACUACGCAGCAUGUCACGCAUGUAUCGCAACUCCGAUGUAUUCGCUGUUGAGCAUAGGAUGCAAAGCCUUCUGUUGCCGUACAUUUCGAUUGC